AUGGCUUCUUCAUCGAUUGCUUCUUCAUCAAUGGCGUCUUCAUCAAAGAGAUCAAGAAGUCCAACCCCAGAAGAAGACGACGAAGACGAAAAACCACGUCCCAAGAAGUUCGCGUUCGACCUUAACGAAGAACCAGAACCAGAGCUCGAAGAAGACGAUUCCGACGCAACUUUAGCUUUACUCCGGCGAUGGAAUGUUCCGGCGACUCCACCGGCAAAGAUGGUCCAUCCCGGUUUGAUUGGUCUAUGCAGCAAACCGAUUCGAAUGCAACUGACGAAGAAAGACGUAAACUUUGAAGAUGAAAAACAGAGCAAGCUAGUGUUAUCGAAGUCGAAGCUUACGAAUGAGUUUGAUCUUUUUGUUAGAGGUAAAGAAUGGAUGGUGGUUUCUGUGUAUGGACCAGACGGGAAGAUUCAUGAGAUAAAGAUGUGGAUUGACGAGAAAGAGGACAAGAUUGAUUUGAAGAAAGGUUGGAGCAAAUUCGUUGGUGAUUAUGAUCUUAAGGAGAUUUGUGAUUUCGUUGCGGUUUGGAUGUUUUGGAACAAAGAAGGUCGUGAGAUUUGCUUGGCGAUUGAUACCAUGAGGCUUGUUGUGAGGAAACUGGUGAGUCAGAGGAUCUCUAAAGCUGUGUUCGAUGAUGAAGAUUAG